AUGGAGGUACUCGGUGCUGUAGCGAGCGUCGUUACCAUUCUGGAGGUCGGCGGAAAGGCUGGCAAAUUUAUCAAAGGCAUUCGCAACAUCCCGGAGAGCUUUGAGGAGCUUAGAGAAGAGAUUGGCUUUCUUAAAGCAAUCUCUGCGGAGCUAUCGAAGGCUCAAGAGGCUAUCUCUAAUGGCAGUCACAGCACUCGUUUGAGAUCCUCUUGGCCCACUAGUAUCGAGAACAUCAGGAAGACUUUGGAGGACACAGUCCGCGACCUAGAAGACAUACAGACGAAAUGUGAGCGACAGCGGCCAGAUGCGGAGCCGGCCGCCAAACGGCGAGCAUGGCUAAGUCGUCGUACCCGGAUCUCGACCCUUCUCAGGAAAGCCGAAAAUGCAAAGGCAAAUCUAGGACUGGCACUGAAUGUCUUUGCGUUGGCAAUCAUGAACGCUCAGACCCUAAAAGAAGAUGCUGCCCCCGGAAGAGUCCACGAGAUCGAGAAUGGGGAGGAAAUCGAAACACCGCCGGCAGUGGAGGAGAAUUCCACAUCCGUUACAGAAACGGAAACGCAGUUAAUGAACCCGCCUCGCACCUCCGUAGUUGCGAAAAUGCGACAGAUAUACGCCGGUCGUUGUCGAUGUCACUGCCAGAAGCAGCCCUGGCGCAUCCGGAGUCCGACGUGGGCCUCAUCACUGGUUGGCGGAUUCGAGGUCAGAGGUUGGUUUGGUACGGUGUCCAACUCCUCUCCAGUUUCAGGCUGUACAUGCUCACGAAAUAAGCGCGUGUGCGUGGAUGAUGGGCAGUCCCAUUAUUCGUUGGCAGCUAAAUUCUUCUUGGGGGGGUCGUUCUAUACUCUAGAAUUUGCCAUGCGCCCAGUAAACACAAGGCGGUUCGAUUCAUCUCACUGGAUCCUCUUGGAUAGGAGCAAGGAUAGCCUACAAAUUAGCAUGAGCUAG